AUGACCAGCAUCAGGGAGGCUUGCACUGACAUGAAUCGAGAAUAUGACCAAUGCUUUAACUGCUGGUUUGCAGAGAAGUUCCUCAAAGGGGCCAGCUCCAGUGAUACGUGCACUGACCUUUUCAAACAUUACCAACUAUGUGUCCAGAAAGCAAUAAAGGAGAAAGAGAUUCCUAUAGCCGGACUGGAGUUCAAGGGCCAUGGCAAAGAAAAGCCUGAAAACUCCUCUUGGCCUGUCUGUCACUUGGAAGAUGUCAGAAAAUUGAGAGGCGUCUGGAUUUUGUCAGCUAAGGCUGUGAAGCUAGCCAAGAG